AUGCAGUUCUUCGCCAUCCCCGCUCUUGCCCUCCUCGCCACUGGCGUCCUGGCCAUGCCCAACGAAUUCCAGCCCCGCGCCGACUGCAGCCGCAUCCUCCCCGCUUGCAACGGCGGCAAGGUCGUCGGCCAGACCAACUGCCGCUGCCCCGGCCAGAAGGAGACCUGCGAUCUCUGGACGUGCCCUGGCGAGGCCCCCAACGCCAUGGUCUGCGGCCAGGCCGGCACUGGCUGCGUCUGGAUCUAA